AUGGAUGUCUUGGCUAGUUAUAGUAUAUUCCAGGAACUCCAGCUUGUCCACGACACCGGCUACUUCUCAGCUUUGCCAUCCUUGGAGGAAAACUGGCAGCAGACGUGCCUGGAACUGGAGCGGUACCUGCAGACGGAGCCGCGCAGRCUCUCCGAGAGCUUCGGCGAGGAGCUGGACUGCUUCCUGCACGCCUCCUCAGCUCCCGACGCGGAGGACGGCAUCCCAGGGCUGGAGCCCAUCCUCUUGCCAGUGGAGACGAGCGCGUGCGACAAGAGCGCCAGCGUGGAUGCCCUCCUCUCACGGGACAAGCUGCUCUCUGAGACGUGCCUCAGCGUGCAGCCCUCCGGCUCUGCCACGGAAGGCUACGGAGCCGUCAACCAGGCCCAGCUCAAUGCGGUCACCUCAUUAACACCCCCUUCCUCGCCGGAGCUCAGCCGCCACCUCGUCAAAACCUCACAGACUCUCUCGGCGGUGGACGGCUCGGUGACGUUGAAAUUGGUGCCCAAGAAGUCCCCGCUGGGCUCCGGGAAAGCGGGGGUCGCGGCAGCGACUGCGGGGACRGGAAAGAGCGGGCAAAGUGACAGUGAGCAAGGAGGCGCCGGGGCGGAGGCGUCCCCGGAGAACAAGAAGAGGGUUCAUCGCUGCCAGUUUAACGGGUGCCGCAAGGUUUAUACAAAGAGCUCCCACUUAAAGGCUCACCAGAGGACUCAUACAGGUGAGAAGCCUUACAAGUGCUCGUGGGACGGGUGCGAGUGGCGCUUUGCACGCAGCGACGAGCUCACGAGGCAUUACAGAAAGCACACGGGCGCAAAGCCCUUCAAAUGCAACCACUGCGACAGGUGUUUUUCCAGGUCUGAUCACCUUGCCCUCCACAUGAAGCGACACAUCUGAACGCGGGUCGGCUUGGCGCGGAUGUCACCUGAGCUAAGUGCUACGAGACGAGAGGGGAACCCCAGCUAGAACMCGCU